GCCACACAAAGCCCUAGUCACCCUGACGUCAUUCUGCCCAUUGACUCCGUUCUCUCAUGAUUCAGUGAAAAACACCACACGUCCCCUCCAACUUGAACUGACCGCCCACAAUGGCCUCAGGGCGGAUUCCGGCUGGGGCCGAGACCUCCGAUGACACGUCGUCCAAUUCGUCGGGUUGGGAGUAUUACGACGACGACGUGGCCUUGUCGGACUUUUGGCAAGCUAUGGUGGACCGGCAAACCGAAAAUCCCGCUCCUUUGUGGCUCAAGAUGGAAUCCGAAUCGCAUCCUGGGAUUGAAAAAUUUCUCGAGUUCUGGCGAGUCAUGGUGCCGCGAUUACUGUCACCCAUGAAUGGCAAGACCUCCAUGGACCAGACCUACGAUAACAACCGGAUCAAGGCCGUGCUCCUGGACCCGUUGGAGUCGUUUAUCGCUGGUGGAGUGGGUUGCGAAGAAGAAGUGAUCAAGGUUUUGGCGCAGAAUGAUACACCCCCGGCGCUUUGUGGCUACGUGUUCAAGUUCGGAGAAGCCGUUUAUUCUUGUCGUGACUGCGGUCAAGAUACGACUUGUGUUCUUUGUUCCGAGUGUUUCAAGCACUCUGAGCAUAAGAACCAUCGGUAUCGCAUGUCGACGACGGAUGGAGGUGGGUAUUGCGAUUGCGGCGACCACGAGGCGUUUCUUCAACACGCCCUCUGUAGCAAGCAUUCGGCCAUGAACGUGGAUCAGAUCUCGAGUGGCGAAGUGCUCAAGACGUUCCCGGAAGAGAUUAAGAAUCGCUCCCGGAAGUUGUUCCACGAGAUCAUCCAAUACUGUUUCAUCGUGACCUCGGCCAAGAAGAAGUACGAGGAGCUCUUGGUUGGAAACAAAGAAAAGGAGCUCUGGCCCGAGUUGAAGUACUGCUUUGAGUUCAGCAACUAUUGUCUCAUGAUACUGAACGACAACUCCCACUCUUACCCGGAUGUGACCGGUUUCAUUCGGAAUUCAUUCGGCUCGGCUCAUUGCUCCGAGCGGCAAGCUCAAGAUCUGACUGAAUUGGCGGAUAAAGAUGGCCGAUGCAUGCUCAAAGUGAGCACUUACAAGGAUUGCGCCACUCUUCGGGACAAAAUCGAUCGGUUGUCCCGUCGCCAAGGUCUACCUAUUGGGACGAGUAUCCUACCCGCGUAUGUGGUGGCUCAUCAGAAUUUUGCCAUUCGUCUGAUUGAGUGGCUCCCCAAGCUCUUCCACAAAUGCUCAGGAUUCCGGGCCCUUUUCGCCGAAGUGGCUUUGUCCAUAGAGGAGCCAGAUCUGAUCAUAUUGCCCAACAGUGACAAGGACGAAAAGAUCAAUGCCGCUAAGGCAAUUCUGAUUAAUGAUCACCGAGCCUGGAAGGAGUUACGGAAAGCCUGGAUAAACGUGGUCAUCGAGGGCAUCUUGAAAGAGUACGACUCCAAGCUGAAAUUUGCUCGACUCUUUGCUCGGAAUUACAAGUUCAUCAUGGAUGAGUUCAUCCGGGAUGAACAAGAGUCGGAUGUGACAAUUGUAAACCUGACAGUGCAGAUGUUCACCGUGAAGUCCAUCGCACACAUUUUGAUCGAAGAGGAGAAUCUGUUCUUCGAAGUGGUCAAUUUCUUGAAGACCCUACUGUCGUCCCACAAUGAUGAUCAAUAUUUCAAGUUGGAAUCCUGGAUGGAGGAUGAGAAGGAUCUCUACUUGAAGUCGCAAUCGGCUAUCACAGAUCUGAUGUUCCUCCUCCGCGUUCCCAUUGAAGAGGGCCGUUAUAACGACACGGUACGAACCAGCUUCGGAAAAGGAGUCGAUAAGUUCGUUCAACUACUUGGUCUUCUCCAGUUGUCGGACCCUUUCAAGAGACAAACCGGUAAUCACGUUGAGUUCGAAUCCCGAGAAUGGGAAUACGUAGGAAGCAUGAUUGCAUCCUUGGCAGGAGUGAGUGGACAGAUUCAGAAAUGGUGUAGUCGAGAUAAGACCAUUCUGAUCAACACCACUUCUUCCAUUCUGAGAGCCAUCACGAAUCACAACAGUGAUUUUCACCUCGAGAUGAGUGAAAAGAGUUGUCAGGUUGGCUCGGUUCAUAUCAAAUAUAUGGUCCCAGAGGUCAACAUCUACACGGAAAAGAUAUCGGUCAAUGUGCCCUUUCAACGCUUCUUAGCCAGCAUUCUCCCCGCAUACAGCAGUCACGCCGGGGAAUUUGCCCGCAAACUGAAGCAACGCAUCGAGUCCCAUGGAGACCCGGUUCUGAUCGCCAACUUCGCCAUCACAUCAGUGGCUGUUCUCUGUUCCAUCACGGCGAGUUUGUGGAAACGGAAUGGCACACCAGUGCGUGGACGAGCGUUCCUGUACCACAAUUUCUACACUUUCCCGUCAUUGAAGCGCAAUGACUUGAUCCUCCUCCAAGCCACGGCUUGUCUCUUGGAAGAUCCGGGUCGCUUGGUCAUGACCUUACUCCAACGAUUCCGUCUCAUCUCAUGGGCCAAUUCCAAGUUGGAGUCCAAGCCGGCCUUGUUGGCUGGAGAUUUCAUUGAGAGCACGGUGAAGAUGGGUCAGGAGUUCCUGGGUUUGAUCACAGCUAUCGUCAUGGAACGGCACAUACAUCACGUGGGCAAGGUGUCGGAUCGUGAGGAGUUACGGCAUCGAAUGAUCCAAAUCUUGUGUAGUGAAGGCAUGACUCAUUCCGUGGUGGUGAAAAAGCUUGAAAUAGGACAAGACGACGUGCCUUUUGGCGAUGAGGUACUGAAGGAGGUGGCCGAGUUGAAACCCUCACCAACUGAGCGUGGCAAGAAAGUGUACGAGGUCCGGCCAGAGUUCUUGUCCCAUUACAAUCCAUUUUACUACUAUUACUCGCAAGAACAGCAUUCCAAGGCUUGGGACAAGCAGAUCGAGAUCAAACUGAAGAACAAAGAGAGAUCAGUGUGUCCUCCACCGGAGCAACCUCCACUCACUCCCGUCUUCAGCCGACUCACCAAGAUUUUGUCCUCGGCUCCAAUGAUGCAAGUCAUCGAAACAACGCUAAAAAGGGCCUCGACCAAAAGCAAACUGUCAAGUCCGAAGAUGGUGAUACAAGUGUGUUACCUAAUAAUGCAAGGAUACCAGGAUGACAUCAUGACCAAUGAAUCGGAUUUUGCUAAAUUCGCCGAGGAUCUCGAUUUCGUGGGAUUGCUCCAAAAGGCACUGGAGCCCGUGAAUGAUGAACUGAAAACAAAAGAGCUUUCUGAAUACAUUCAAUACACUUUGGAUCGGGCCAAUGAGGCUCGAGAAUUGAUUUUGAACAUCACCCGAUCCGACGAUCGGGAAUCUCCUUCAACAAGGGGCGAUCACGAAGAAGCUCAAGCCCGCAAAAGACGGGCUGCGGCUGCGGCCAAUCGUCGACACAAGCUUAUGGCUCAGAUGAGUCAGAUGCAGGACAAGUUCGCCAAAGAAAACGCCGCCGUUCUCGAGAAAAUGGAAGUGGAUGUGGAGAUGGGAGCAGCAUCUGGUCACGUACUUAAAACGGAAGAUCUUGUCGAUCCAAUUGCCAUUGGACCGGGAAAAACUAGUAUCUCUGUGUCUGAGCCCAAGUAUACGUGUAUUUUGUGUCAAGAAGAUUCCACUUCUCUGAAAGCGGAUGGCGAGGACAAUGCUUUCGUCAUGGCGGCCUACAUUCAACGCUCAAUGGUGUUGAGUCAAAACCAAAAUUGGUCGGAUCGGAACCGCGGAAAGUGCUCGGAGGAGUAUCUGCCCUCGAGUCUGGACUGUGGACCUUUGGUCACCAGUUGUGGGCAUCCAAUGCAUUCGCUGUGCUUCCAAAACUAUUUCGAUAGUCUGGUACAAAAGGAGCGAGAACGUCAGCACCACGCCAUGUUCCAACUGAUCAUCAAUUACAAUGUGAACAAGUCUGAAUAUCUCUGUCCCAUCUGUGAGCGUUUGUCCGUUGGCUUUUUGCCCCUGGUUCCAUCACUUUCCAAGCUCUUUCCCCUCAAUGCACCGUCUGAAAUAACCUUUAUGGAGUGGAUCAAAAAAGUGGUCGUGAAGGCCAAGUUGAAGGAGGUAGAGAAGCUCAAAGGCGAAUUCGUACCCAGGAGUGUCAUCCCCAAGCUGGUGACCACCAAUAAAACAGUUCUUCAGGCGACCAUUCAACCUUUGAAACUGCCCCGAGACUUGAUCAGCCAGAUGGGCGUGUACUCGGCCAAUCUAGGAAAUAGAGCCCUAGAUUUGGCACCCACCGAAGAAGAUUUCCGCCUCUACCAACUCUCUUAUGAAGCCAGUGCUUUUGCGUUGCACAUGACACAAGCGGCCAAGGAACAUCUCAAAAUGACGGAAUCCCUUUCCUCUCGAGAUCAAGAUGCGCUUCGAUCUCUGAUACGCACCUCUCUAGUCCUUCCCAUAUCCAAAGAGAAGGCGGGCGCCACGAAUGGACACCACCUCCGAUAUUUGCGAGCGAACGCAAUCUACCUUCUCUCGAUCAUGCUACUUUACGAUCAAAAGGUUCACAUGUUGGAAUUGGAUCCUCUGAACUGUCUUAUAGCACUCACAGCCGCAUUGCCCAACUUUGGAGAUGAAUUGUAUUCAUUCGGAAAACAUGACCAUCACAUUCUGAAAUUGUGCUUUAUGAUUGAGUUGUUGCAAAUCCUUCACGGAUUCCACCCCAUCCCCAUCCUUCGCAACGAAGACGGAGAGGAGCAAGCACCUGUUCUUCCUCCUUCUUGGAUCGAAGAGGAACAAACCAUGACCAGAUUGUUCCGUGAUCUUGCCGCUCACGUGGGCCAUUCAGACCGCGGAAUCCCGCACAAUCUCGCCAGUCAGAUCAAAAAGAAACUGAUGCACUUUAUGCGGUGCGCCAGUCUUUUCUAUCAUUACUAUACAGACGUGCCUUUGCCCAGAAAAGAGACCUAUGUCGACCUGUGUUUGUAUUUGGGAUUGCCCAAUAACCUCAAGGCCGUCCUGGACGAUGAGGGUUGCGUCGACGUCUUGCAUAGGUUCAUGAGGAGUCCAAACUUGAGCCAUUAUCCCAAGCACGAUCGACCACGCAAAGUGAGAAAGUUCAUUGAUCUGCCGCCGGAUUACACCACGCUCAUCGACAAGGCAGCCUCAUUCAAGUGUCCCAAUAGUGCCAGUGGAGAGUCCAAGAAGCCCAUGCUUUGCCUCGUUUGCGGCGAAAUGAUCUGCUCUAGGAGUCGUUGUUGUGAGGUGAAGAUUGGUUCCAAGACCUUGGGGGCUUGUAAUGCUCAUCUCCGAAAUUGUGGAUCUGAUGCGGGUAUCUUUUUGAACAUCAGAAAGAGCGAGGUGAUGAUUCUGACAUCAGGAAAUCGAGGUGCCAUGCUGCAAUCGCCUUAUGUGGAUGAGUAUGGGGAAAGCGACGAAGGAUUUCGUCGAGGCAAUCCUCUUCAUUUGGACGAGGACAUGUAUUUGGACCUUCAGCGUUCUUGGAUCACGGCCGAGAUUCCAGACCGAAUUUCCAGGGAGUUUGAUAGUGAAACCCUGAUCAUUCAGGAGAACUGGCAUAGUUUGUAAUUGAUAUUAAUAACAAGUGUAUGUCGCUCAGAAAAAGCAAAUAGAAUAUAACUGAAGUUUAUUCAAA